UAUUUAUGUAAAUAGUUAGUAGUAGGACAACUCAUCUUUUGCUGUACAUAUAUGGUUUUUAUCCCCUUUUGCUAAGUAAUCCAAUUAGUUGAGUUUUAUAGCACUAUAUACGAAGAGCUUCAUCUUCUCCAGUUUGCCCACCCACCCACCAUCCACCAUUGACCCACCACCUCCACCAUCGCAACAACCGCAAAUAAACUUCGCCUCAUGUGCAGUCCGUCGCUUGCACGAUAAAUCUAGUUUCAAUUGGGAGUAAGCUGAAAGGAGAGAGGGGGGAGAGAAGAACAAAGGAGAGGGAGAGAGCAAGGAUGCGGUGUGCAUUGUGCAUUAGAAGGGGAAACCGUAAUUGUUACCGUAGCAUUUGGAGCAGUAACGAAGUAGGGGAAUCAAUUACCCUUGAAUAACGGUAACGUUUACCGUAUACUCCAUACCAAACGGCUUAUAACGUAAAUGGUUAUUUGAUUCCGUUUCCAACUCUAAAAAUUUACAUACCAAACAUCCCCUUAAAAUAACUCAACACGGUACAUUUUAAGAUGCUAUACAUCUAUUUUCUUAGAGGAUAUUCCAUCUCCACCUAUAAACAUGUCUCGGAUGGGAUCACAUUUUUUUUUUUUAAUAGGUAAGAAGAAGGGACCCUAACUGAACCAGCACCUAGCACAGGUCAACCAGCUCAGCUCCGCAGGUCAUCGCUUGAGCCAUCACAAUAGAAAUAGCCUAACACAAUGUAUUCAUUUGAGCCAAUUUAAUAAAUAGAGACGUUAGAGCAUCUCCAAUGGUUGUAGCUAGGGACUAGCUUGAAAUUUAUAAAAGUUUCAAGCUAAUAGCUAGAUCAUUGGAGUGAAAAUAAUAAAUUAGCUUGGCCAAACAAAUUAGCUUAAACAAGCUAAUUUGCUUGACAACUAGCUACCAAAUGUUGCCAAUUAAUUAAUUGACAAGUGGGCCAAAUGUGACCAAUUUAAAUAACAAGCUAGUUGCUAGUCAUUGGAGUAAAAAUUAGCUAGACAAUGAAAUAGCUUGAAAUCUUAUGUGACAUAACAAGCUAAUUAUCAAAUUAACUUACCAUUAAAAAUGCUCUUAUAAACAACUUUAUAUACUCCGUAUUUUUUUUGUUAAAAUACAUUGACAUCAAUAAUAAAUAGGUAAGGUCAUAUAAAAACCGACGAAAAGGAAUCAAAAUCUGGAAUAUUCAUCCAACUCUACAAAGCUACCUUUUUCUCUCUCACUAGAAACAAGGAAAAAAAGAGAGAGAAAAAUAGAAAAAGAUUCGUUAGUGUUACGCGACGGGCCGACUUUGAAAUACUUUUGCUCUAAUCUUCAUUUUAUUUCCUAAAAAUUUAAAAACUUAUGUAUCAAGUUUAUUCUUUUUUGUGAUUCUAUUUAGAUCCUUUUGUUAUUUAUUUCUUGAGCCCCACCCUUUUUCUUAGCUUCCCAUAAAAUCAACCUUCAGAAAUCACAACCUUUCUCCAUUUUUAGUGAGUUUGGAAAAUAAAUAAAUAAAUAAAUAAAAAUGAUGGAUUUUAGAGAUAAUAUGCACAAAUGUCAGGAAUAUAUACAUGCUUUAGAAGAUGAAAGGAAGAAGAUUCAAGUUUUCCAACGUGAACUCCCUCUUUGUCUAGACCUUGUUACUCAAGCAAUUGAGGCAUGUAAGAGACAAUUAUGUGGGAAUGGAACAACAACUACCACUACAACAGAGUGUUUUAAUGGACAUUCUGAGUGCUCAGAACAAACAACAAGCGACGGUCCAAUUUUGGAGGAAUUUAUACCUUUAAAAAGGAGUAAUUCUCCCGAUGAUGAUGACGAACUUGAAUCAAAUAAGCCCCAAAUUAAUAACAAUGAUAAAUCCGGCAAGAAAUCAGACUGGCUUAGAUCUGUUCAGUUGUGGAAUCAAACCCCAGAUCCACCCACUACCACUCAAGAGGAUCACCAGCCAAAGAAAGUGGCGGUUGUUGAGGUGAAGAGGAAUGGUAGUGUUGGUGGUGCAUUUCAUCCAUUUCAGAAGGAAAAGAACAACAAUGGAGAUGAAUCCGACAAUAAUAAUACAAAUAACAAAAACAAUAGCAAGAAACAAGCUACAUCAACACCGGCUGCCUCCGCUUGCUCGACUGUUCAAGAGGAAGAAAUGGGACCGAGUAGUGGCGGAAGCGGCGGCAGUGAUGGUGGUGGUGGUGGUAGUAGUAAGAAGGAGAAAGAUGCACAGUCUCAAAGGAAAGCAAGGAGAUGCUGGUCUCCUGAGUUGCACCGGAGAUUCGUGCAUGCUCUUCAACAACUUGGUGGUUCACAUGUUGCUACACCAAAGCAAAUAAGGGAUUCCAUGAAAGUGGAUGGACUUACCAAUGAUGAAGUUAAAAGCCAUUUACAGAAAUAUAGGCUGCACACAAGAAGACCAAGUUCAGCUCAUCACAACAAUGGCAACCAACAAAGUCCUCAAUUCGUAGUCGUAGGAGGCAUUUGGGUGCCACCAGAAUACGCUGCAACGACAGCAAGGGAUACAACAACCACGGUUGCUGCUUCUGGUGGCAUCUAUGCUCCCAUAGCAACUGUGGCGGCACCACCACGACCCAUGCACCAAACAUCGACACAAAGGCAAUCCAGUGAUCAAUCACAUUGUGAGGAAAGGGGAAGUCAUAGUGAGGGUCAUGUCGUCCAUUCCAACUCCCCUACAACGUCGUCUUCUACCCACACAACCACAGCUUCCCAUGCACAGUAAUUAAGACUUUUAAUUUCUUUGUAACUUUUUCUUUUACAAAUUCAUAGAAAGCUAGACCAGUGUAAGUGUAGAGAUUUUGUAACGAGUCAUCGGACAUCGGUGGAACUAGCUAGGUCGUCCUACUUCUUCGUAUGAUGAGGAUUGAGGAAGAUAAACACGUACUAUAAAAUAUUGCCAGAUAUACAACAGAAAAAUAUGUUCGGAUUCUUUGUAUAAUCUAUUAUUCUUCAUGCAUCAUAUCCUUGAAAUUAUCUUUAUGAAAUGUCAUUCAAUCUUCAAAGUUGAAUGACCUAUAUAAUACAUCUCUUCAUCUUUCUAA